ACGAAUGUCGCUCAAUGUAAGAGUGCGACAUCCAGUAGCAGGUGGCAUCCAUUGCACAGCGGGUGUACGGCUUGUUAAUUGGAUAUAAUGUAUAAAGUAACGGAAUAUCUAUACCUUUGUGUGUUUACUCUUGAGUUGUGCGAGAUUAGGCACCACGAAAAAAAAAGAGAUGGAUCAUCCAUCUAUUACCAUGGAAUUUCUAAAGUCAGAUCCUCACAUGCUUUCGGUUUCUCGUUGGUUUUAUUUCGUCCAGACACUUGUAAAAGAUGCAGCUUCGUGAGAAUGCACCAUCGGUAGCUGCUAUUUCUUUUACGGGCGGCAAAGAUUGUGUUCUGGCCUUGCAUCGUGUUGUGGAACAAGGCGUCAAAGUAGUUCUGUUGGUGACAUUCUGUCCUGCAGCCGAUGCACCAUUCAAAGCUCAUCCAUUGACAGUUGUCAAGCAACAAGCCAAGUCGCUUGGCAUUUCUCACACAUUAUGCGUCAUCGAAGGCCCUGAUUACCUCGCGAGCUACCAGAAGAAUCUUAAACAGCUGCGAGAGACAUAUCACAUCGAUUCAUUGGUUACAGGGGAUAUUCUGCCUGUGUGCAGUAAUUUUAUGGAACGGGCAGUGGAAGGCACUGGAGUGAGUCUGGUACGUCCGUUAUGGCAGGUCCCGCGGCAGGAACUUUUGGACGAUAUCUGGCGACGAUCUUUUGAAGUGAUCGUCUCGUGCAUCAAUACCAAGAAAAUUACGUCCGGCAAGGAAGCCUUAAUGUUAGUCGGUGAAUGCAUGACUGAGGCAUGGAUAAAGAAAAUCAAUCGGCAACAGGAUCAGCCCAUUGACUUGGCGGGAGAAUUUGGCGAAUUUCAUACUCUUGUGUUAGAUGCACCAUUAUUCAAAGGAGGAAGGAUAGAAAUAGCAACAAAGCUUUUGCAGGAUCAAGAAUAUGCUUACUUGGAAGUGGAAUCGGCCCAUCUGGUCAGUAAAAACUAGCCAAAUAUAUUUGUUUUAUAUCCCCUGGUUUUCGAUCAUUCCGCAUACUCGUCCGUGAAUAUCAUGGCAUCGACCUUUCAAAACCCGGAAAUGGG